AUGGACGGGGACCCAGAAAAACAGAGCGCUGCCGUGGAGAAGUCGGCGGCUCCUGAUACUGGCCUCGAGAGCUUACCCGCAGUGACUUCAGGCGAGAAAUCCAGUGAUGCCAACAACGAGAUAUCGGGCUCGGGCUCUGGCUCCGGCUCCGGCUCGACCGUGAGCAAUAACGAUGACCCUACAAAUCUCAAAAAGCUUGACUCGACAGUGGUUGUUCCCCCGUCGAAGGAGGGAGAUCUCGACGCUGCUCUCGCCCACCUUCCAGAACAGGAACGGACCAUCCUCAAGGAACAGCUCGAUAUCCCCGUUGUCAAGGUUAACUACAUCACUCUGUUUCGCUAUGCCACGAAGGCUGAUCUUCUGGUGCUCUUCGUGGCCGCCUUUGGUGCGAUUGCUGGUGGCGCUAUACUUCCUCUAUUCACGAUUAUCUUCGGCGCCAUGGCUGGUACGUUCAAAUCGAUUGUCCUACACACUAUCACCAUAGAAGAGUUCGAUUCUCAAGUUUCGAAGUUCGCUCUAUACUUCGUCUACCUUGGGAUCGGCAUGUUCGUUCUUAUCUAUAUCGGGACCGUUGGCUUCAUCUAUGUCGGCGAACAGAUCUCACAGAAGAUCAGAGAAAAGUAUCUCGCCGCUAUCCUGCGUCAGAACGUCGCGUUCUUCGACAAACUGGGUGCUGGCGAGAUCACCACCCGCAUCACCGCCGAUACUAAUCUGAUCCAGGACGGCAUAUCGGAGAAAGUUGGCCUGACCAUGACUGCCCUCGCGACGUUCGUCACCGCCUUCAUCAUUGGCUUCGUCAAGUUCUGGAAAUUGACCCUUAUUUGCUCAUCGACCGUUGUCGCUCUCACCGUCCUGAUGGGCUCGGCUUCCCGAUUCAUUAUUGGAUUUAGUAAGAAGUCGUUGCAGAGCUAUGGUGAGGGUGGAACCGUGGCAGAGGAGGUCCUCAGUUCGAUUCGGAACGCCACUGCUUUUGGAACUCAGGAGAAGCUUGCACGGCAAUACAAUACUCAUCUCCUUGAGGCCCGGAAAUGGGGAACUAAACUGCAGGUCGUGAUCGGAACUAUGGUUGGAGGCAUGCUGGCCAUCGUGUUCCUGAACUACGGCUUGGGUUUCUGGAUGGGUUCGCGUUUCCUGGUCGACGGAGAGGCCAGCCUUCAAGACAUCGUAACCAUCUUGCUGGCCAUUAUCAUUGGUUCCUUCAGCUUGGGUAAUGUCACUCCACACGUCCAGGCUUUCACUUCGGCGAUCAGUGCAGGCGCAAAGAUCUUCGGUACCAUUGACCGCGUAUCCCCGAUCGAUCCCACCUCCGACGAAGGCAUGAAAAUCGAGAAUGUCGAAGGCGUCGUCGAAUUCCGAAAUAUCAAACAUAUCUAUCCGUCCCGGCCAGAGGUUGUUGUCAUGGAGGAUGUCAGUUUGCUGGUUCCCGCUGGUAAGACAACCGCGCUCGUUGGUCCAUCUGGCUCCGGUAAAAGUACGGUUGUCGGCUUGAUGGAACGAUUCUACAAUCCCGUUAAUGGUGCUGUUUUCCUGGACGGUCAUGAUUUGAAAACCCUCAACACGCGUUGGCUUAGACAGCAGAUCUCCCUGGUUAGCCAGGAGCCAACGCUUUUUGGUACCACCAUCUACAUGAAUAUCAAGCAGGGCCUGAUAGGUUCCAGUUUCGAGCAGGAAUCGGAAGACAAAAUCAGAGAACGCAUCGAGAAUGCUGCAAGGAUGGCCAACGCUCACGAUUUUAUCUUGGGACUUCCAGAAGGCUAUGAGACCAAUGUUGGGGAACGAGGUUUCCUGCUCUCCGGUGGCCAGAAACAACGUAUCGCAAUUGCUCGCGCGGUGGUUAGUGAUCCGAAGAUUCUUCUGCUGGAUGAGGCCACUUCUGCCUUGGAUACGAAGUCAGAAGGAGUCGUCCAGGCUGCGUUGGAUGCUGCGGCAGUAGGAAGAACCACAAUCGUCAUAGCCCAUCGCCUGUCUACGAUCAAAAAUGCUCACAACAUCGUUGUUAUCGUGGGUGGACGAAUUGUCGAGCAAGGCACUCAUGACGAAUUGGUCGACCGUGAUGGCGCUUAUCUCAGGCUCGUUGAGGCACAGCGAAUUAAUGAACAACGGGAAGCCAUCGGCUUAGGAGAGGAUGAGGAAGAUGAGGAGGAUGAGCUCAUGAAAUCCAAAGAGUAUACGCUUAAUCGUCAGGCUUCCGGCCCCUCUCAGAGCGUGGCUCCUGGCAGGUAUCGCGGGGCGGGCGCAGAUGAUGUGGAACUGAAGCUGACCACCACCAACAAAUCGAUUUCGAGCUUAGCCCUUUCCAAGCGAACUCCAGAAGCCCAACAGAAAUAUGGCCUGUUUACCCUUAUCCGAUUCAUCCUUUCCUUCAACAAACCAGAAACCCUGUUAAUGUUCUCCGGAUUCCUCGUUUCCAUAAUCUGUGGUGGCGGGCAGCCCACGAUGGCAGUAUUUUACGCCAAAGCGAUCGCUACACUUUCCCUCCCCGAACAACUCUACGAUAAACUGAAAAGCGAUGCAAGUUUCUGGUCGCUCAUGUUUCUCAUGCUUGCACUCGUGACAUUGCUUGCAUACUCUGUUCAGGGAACUAUUUUUGCUAUUUGUUCUGAGCGGCUAAUUCACCGCGCACGGCUCGAGGCUUUCCGCGCAAUGCUUCGACAGGAUAUUGUCUUCUUCGAUCAUGAGGAUAAUAGCACCGGCGCUCUGACCUCAUUCCUGUCCACCGAGACGAAGCAUCUUUCUGGAGUCAGCGGAGUGACUCUUGGCACCAUUCUCCUUGUCUCGACCACCCUCACGUCAGCAUGCAUCGUAGCGUUGGUCAUCGGCUGGAAACUUGCUCUCGUCUGCAUCACAACCAUCCCUAUUCUUCUCGGUUGUGGAUACUACCGAUUUUACAUCCUGUCUGUUUUCCAGACUCGGUCCAAAAAGGCCUACCAGAAGUCGGCCAGCUACGCAUGCGAAGCAACCUCGGCAAUUCGAACAGUGGCGUCUUUAACUAGAGAGGCAGAUGUUGGUUCGAGCUACCACAACCAAUUAGCUACCCAAGCUAAGUCGAACGUGAUUUCUGUUCUCAAAUCAUCCUUGCUGUAUGCGGCGUCGCAGUCCAUGAUGAUGUUCUGCAUCGCGCUUGGGUUCUGGUACGGCAGCACUCUUCUUGGCAAGGCGGAGUACAGCAUGUUUCAAUUCUUUGUUGUUUUCAUGGAGAUUACGUUUGGCGCACAGUCUGCAGGAACCGUUUUCUCUUUCGCACCCGACAUGGGCAAGGCCAAGUCUGCCGCCACGGAAUUCAAGAGGCUCUUCGAGAGAAAGCCAGUUAUCGACACUUGGUCGACGGAUGGUGAGGUGUUGGAGACUGUUGAGGGCACCAUCGAGUUCCGUGAUGUGCAUUUCAGAUAUCCCACCCGGCCCGAACAGCCUAUCCUUCGCGGCCUAAACCUGACCGUGAAGCCCGGCCAGUAUGUCGCGUUGGUGGGCGCUAGCGGCUGUGGCAAGAGUACCACAAUCGCACUCCUCGAACGUUUUUACGACCCGCUAGCCGGCGGCGUGUAUAUGGAUGGAAAGGAAAUUACGAGGUUGAAUGUCAACUCGUAUCGAAGUUUCUUGUCCCUCGUCAGCCAGGAACCCACGCUCUAUCAAGGAUCGAUCCGCGAUAAUAUCCUUCUUGGCGUCGAUGUUGACAACGUGCCCGAGGAACAAAUCAUCCAGGCUUGUAAAUCUGCCAAUAUCUACGAUUUCAUCAUAUCUCUCCCUGACGGCUUCUCCACCAUCGUCGGCAGCAAAGGCAGCAUGUUAUCCGGCGGCCAAAAGCAGCGCAUCGCCAUCGCCCGCGCCCUCAUCCGCGAUCCCAAAGUCCUCCUCCUCGACGAAGCCACCUCAGCCCUCGACUCGGAGUCCGAGAAGGUCGUGCAGGCCGCGCUGGACGCAGCAGCGAAGGGCCGCACCACCAUCGCCGUCGCCCACCGUCUCAGCACUAUCCAGAAGGCCGAUGUUAUCUACGUCAUCGACCAGGGACGCGUUGUGGAAAGCGGCACGCAUAAUGAGCUGUUGGGGAAUAAGGGGCGGUAUUUCGAGUUGGUUAAUUUGCAGAGUUUGGGGAAGACCCAUUAACCCUUUUUUGGAGGGGAAUGAAGUGGGUAGGGUAUUUUAGAUGGGAUGUGCGGGGAACGCUCUUGGAGCCCCGGCAUCUUUUUUAUUUUAUUUUAUUAUUUUGCUUUCUUACGGUGCAUAAUUUUGCAUGGUUCCCCUUUUCCUUGGGAGGAAGGUAUUCCUUCCCUCCCCCU